CGCUACAACCUGAGGGGCUCUUAUACCUUCUUCGCGCCGAGGGGCUUGGCCGCUAGCCGGACUGGCUGGAAACGGGCGUUGUCGGAGAACGGACCGAGUAGCUCCGGCGCGGCCAGGUGGUGAAGAAGUGGGCAUUAGGACAUCUUGCUACCAUGGGAGCACAGGAUCGUCCCCAGUGCUUCUUUGAUAUCGAAAUUAAUCGAGAACCAGUUGGUCGUAUCAUAUUUCAGCUUUUUUCUGACGUAUGUCCAAGGACUUGCAAAAACUUCCUUUGUCUAUGCACAGGUGAAAAGGGAAUUGGGAAAACAACUGGAAAAAAGCUUUGCUACAAAGGCUCAACUUUCCAUCGCGUGGUUAAAAGCUUCAUAAUUCAAGGCGGAGACUUUAGCGAAGGUAAUGGAAAAGGGGGCGAAUCUAUUUAUGGAGGAUACUUUAAAGAUGAAAACUUUAUUUUGAAACACGACCGAGCGUUUCUUUUGUCAAUGGCAAACAGAGGGAAACAUACGAAUGGUUCCCAGUUUUUCAUAACUACGAAACCUGCUCCUCACCUUGAUAGUGUCCAUGUCGUCUUUGGACUUGUUAUUUCUGGUUUUGAAGUCAUAGAACAAAUCGAAAAUCUGAAAACUGAUUCUGCCAGUAGACCAUAUGCCGAUGUGCGCGUCAUUGACUGUGGGGUGCUGGUUACCAAACCGGCAAAAGAUGUGUUGGAGAAGAAGCGGAAAGCAUGGAGUCAUUCAGAAGCUUCCGACAGCUCCUCCAGCAGCACAUCCACAUCAUCGGAGUCAUCUUCCGACAGCGAAUAUGAAAACGAGCGAAGCAGGAGAAGGAAGAGGAAGAGGCGGAACAAAGCUAAGCAAUCUAGGAAACGAAGACGGGAAGAGAGGAAGAAAGGGGAAACAAAAAACAAGCACAGGUAUGAAACAGCCCCAGUGGCCGUAAAUCACUCUCUUUCCUCCAGCCACUCGGACCAAAGCGAAACAAACGAAAAAUCAGCAGACCCGAAUGUGAAAAGGGGUAAACCUGUCGUCCGUCCGGAAGAAAUUCCUCCUGUGCCGGAAAACAGAUUUCUGCUUAGAAGAGAUGCGCCCAUAAUAAAUGCAGAGCCAGAUUUGAAUAUUGACCCAGGAGCCGUUUCCAGUGACCAGAAGCCUUCGGUGUCAAAAUCUGGAAGAAAAAUCAGAGGGAGAGGCACAAUAAGAUACCAUACUCCGCCUCACUCUCGCUCGUGCACAGAAUCGGAUGACAAUGGAAGUAGCGAAACACCGCCCCACUGGAAAGAGGAAAUGCAGAGAUGGAGAGCUUAUAGGGCCCCCAGUGGAGAAAAGUGGAGUAAAGGAGAUAAGCUGAGCGACCCAGGACGGUGGGAUGAAAGAAGUCUGUCCCCUCGUUCUCGUUCCUGGUCCCACAAUGGCUUUUCAGACCUCAGCACUGCUCCACAUGCCAGCCACCGUAAAAAACAUCGGAAAGAGAAAAAAGCCAAGCACAAGAAGAAGGCCAAAAAGCAGAAACACUUAAAGAAGCACAAGCAAACGAAAAAGAAACGGUCUCCAUCCACCGAGGUAGAAUCUUCCCCUUCUUCUACCAGGAGGGCAAAGUCAUUGUGUGACCGGGAAAGAGCGUCGCGUUCUUCCUCCCUGACCUCUAAAGACGAUUCUUCUAGAAGAGGCUGGUCCAAAUCCGAGCGAGACAAGCAGAACUCGGCCUCUUUCUCCAGCAGAGAUUCUCGCUCGUAUCGGUCCCGAUCUCGGUCCAGGUCUUAUUCCCGAAGUUCUCGAUCAAGAAACACUCACAUGUCCUCACAUUCAAGGAGCAGGUCAAGAUCCAGUUCCGCCUCGAAGCCGGUGAAAACGGUCCCCAACUCUCCCAAAAAUACGGCGGCUUGUUUGAAGGAGUGUAAGCUGGUCUCCAUUGAACCAGCACGGACAGCGUUACCCCAAAAUGAUAAAGUCGCUAUUCAGCCUGUGGUUGCCGAAAGCCUCCCAGUUAUCCCACUGAGCGAUAGUCCUCCGCCUUCCAGGUGGAAACCAGGGCAAAAACCAUGGAAACCAUCUUACGAGCGUCUUCAGGAAAUGAAAGCCAAGACUACUCACCUGCCACCUGCCCAGGCGAAUUACAGCUUAAUCGGCAUGCAAGAUCCCGGAUCCUCCUCUUCCUAUCCUAAGCAGCAAAAGAGCUCGGAGAGCGAUCGGAGCCGUUACUCCAAAAUCCAGAGCAACAGAAGCUCAGGCAGCUGGUGGAAAUCUAGAAGCAGAAUUUCCCGAAGUCGGUCCUCCUCCAGGUCAAGAAGCCCGUCCAGUUUGAGAUCCCGAUCCACCAUGAGAUCUCGCUCAGGGAAUCCGUUCCCCAGCGAACAGUCGUGCUACAGUGGGUCCUCUUCUUACUUUUCCCUCAGCGAUGAUGACCAACAGAAAACCCGGACAAAGUUGGGAUCCCGCACCAGGAAUUCCGAGCUGUCCAAGAAAAGGCAAAGCAGUUCGGAAAGCACUCUCCCCUAUGUGAAAGGUGUGAACUCUAAGCCUAGAAGUGCAAGCAGAUCCUCCAUCGAUUCCUCGACUGAAAGUGAAAAAUUGACGCCAUCCCAGGCCGUAGAAGAAAAAGGACAAUUAAGGUCUGAAAAAGCGACCCGGAAGCAAAACAAAAGGAAUUCAGCUUGUAAUCAGCGUGAAGAGAAAUCUCGGCCUGGGCAGGACAGCAACCGCUCCAAGCCAAAGGUUUCAAAAGACAAAUGUGAGACUCUUAGAAGUGGCCACAAAGCCAAAACGAGAAACUACACCAGCGAUGAGUGCUGCUCCGAAACAAUUUCCUCAACAGAAGCAACACAAAACGACAAAGAAAACUCAAGACUCUUGUCUGCAAAAGAGGAAGGCGAGGCCUCAUCGGACUCUGAUACGGAUCCCUCCCCACCCGCCAAACGCAAGUGCAAAUCUGCCCCUGCCCCAGAUACGUCAAAAGGGAACAAACAUCCUUCUUCCUCUUCAGAAACCGAGACCUCCGAUUCUGAUACAGACUCCCUGGACAAAUCCUGGAAGCCGAAGCGAAGCUCCAAAAAAUCUUUCCGAAAAGUCCACGCCAAAAAGGCGAAAGAAAAAUCCAAAAGUAAAAAGGAGAAGAAACACAAAGCUGAAAAACGAAAGGAGACAUUUCAUUGGCAGCCUCCUUUAGAAUUUGGAGAAGAGGAAGAGGAGGAGGAGGAGGGCGGGGAGGAAGUCAGAAAAUCUGGAAUAAAAGAGGUGCAAGAGAAACAUGCCAAAAAGCAAGCCAAAGACAAAAAUAAAGAUCCGGAUUCCAAAAGUGAUAAAACGAUGAAAGAACAUUCGAAGGAUGAUCGCAUGUCCCACAAAGAGCCCGUCCUCUCAAAGAGAGGAGCAGAUCAGGCUGCAUCCACCAGCCAACUGAAUAAACGCAGUGAGGAAAGAGCUGUUUCUUCAACUCACCUUCCAUAUCCAGCUAAAAACACCGUCGUUUCCAAGAGUCCCACUGCAGCUCAGAAGGAUAAUGGAAACGAGCAGGCUGCCAGAGUGAUAGACGAUAUGGAGAUUUGUACCCCGGACCGUGAUUCGUCUGUAAAAUUGGAUCUGCAACUUUCUCCAGUAAGCCUAAAGUUAAAUUUCCAAGAGGUUAAAGCCGGCACAAGCUCCCAGGCGUCAAUUAGCACCGUAGCCCAGAGUGUAAGUCAAGCCGUUGAUCCUAAACGACUGGCCGGCCUCCCAGAAGGUAGACAGGAGCGAGACAGGGAAAGACCUAAAGCUGCCACCAGCGUUGAAACUGCGCUGAGAGGGGACGUUUCCGAAAACGCAUCAAGCAGUCUUGGGGACAACAAGUGGAAACCGUUACAGGGCGCUGGGAAUCUGCAGCUCGCAGGGCCCUCCAGCAAUUCCUUUGAAAUGAAAAACGUGGCUUCCGGCUCCUCCGAUCCCAAACCGCCAGGUUUAAGGAUCGAGAUUAAAAGUAAAAACAAGAUUAGGCCAGGCUCCCUGUUUGAUGAAGUCAGAAAGACGGCGCGCCUGAAUCGGAGACCCCGGAACCACGAGAGCUCGAGUGAAGAAGAUACUCUGACACGAGAGGACAGUGAGUCCAGAAGUCGGAGUCGCUCGCGCAGCAAAUCGGAUGUUAAAUCCAGACACCGGACAAGAUCGCUGUCUUACAGUCACUCACGAAGCCCGUCGAGGAGCUCCAAAUACUCAUAUAGAUCCCGGAGUUAUUCGAGAAGCCCAAGCAGAGGGUGGCAUAGUGACUGUUGCUCAAGAAGUCGAAGCAGCUCUUACGACAGUUGCAGAAGUUAUAGUCACACUUACAGUCGAAGCCUAUCCAGAAGCAAUUCUUACCCUCGCCGGAGUCGAUCAAGAUCCUACACCUAUGACAGUUACUAUAGCCGGAGUCGCAGCCGAAGCAGAAGAAGUGACAGUUACCACCGGUCUCGUAGCUACGACCGACGUUCCAGAUCUUACGGGUCUGACAGCGAAAGUGACCGCAGCUACUCUAAUUGCCGAAGUCCCAGCGAAAGCAGCAGAUACAGCUGAGCCCACGGUUGACCAUAGCAGUUAAUGCGUUAACCGAAGGUUUCUAUGUCCGUAGCUUGGAUCAACGUUUUGUUUCGUUUUUUUUUUUCCUUUUUCUUCUCAGUGUCCAGGCGAAAGUAACUGCUGCCAACAGAAGUGGAGCCUUAUUUAAACUCAGCACAACCUUACUUUUUGUACACUCUGCUAUGGCAAUCAUUUUGUGUUGCCCUGAGUUUCGUUUCAAACUAGAUGAUACGGUUGACGUUCAAUCGAAUUUUCAGUUAAGCCUCUUAAGUUUUUUCUCCGAAGGAAAUUUGCUCGAUAACCAUGAAACUGUGGAGAAUCAUCUUAUAGGAAUCUCACCUGCGGUCUACCUGCUUCAAACAUUGGCCUUAAGUGCUGAACUAAUGGUUCACUGAUACCUUGACACACCAAUAACAUUGACACUACAGAUCCAGGAAGAUCUUGGAUCUGUAGUGUUCAGGAAGAUUCUGGCUAAGAAGCCAUUCACCACCAGGGUUAUGAUUUCUGGGAGUUAGAUUCAUCGCUUGCCUGGAAAAUGUCGCCUCUAUUUGGAUACCAUGAGUUAAAAGCGGGUUAACUUCCUGUUUCUUGACCGGUUUUGCCUAAUGCUCGCUUGCAGUCGUUACCCAGGUGUGGAUAGCUAACUUUGAAGUCUGAACUCCCAGGGAUGCUUAGACCACACUGAGUCUCCUUUCUCUGUCGAGUGAAGAAGCAAGAACGAUGUUCUCCUUGUCUCUGUUGCCUCCUCUCCCACAGUCUUCUGAUUCCAGGUUUUCAUCAUGUCUGAAUGUGCUAGCGUUCUAAUUUUCUACUAUCUGUCAGAUCUGCCAGUCAGCAUCGGCAAAGAUAGCAAGCUGUAAAUUUAUUUCAGAAAACUAACUUUUAGGAGCAACGGAAUUCUGUUCUUCGGUUUGAAUUCAGCAGACAAAAAUGCCAUUUUGAAAUAGAAAUGUCGGGAUAUACACAAAUUUUCGUAUAGGAUAGUUAACUGUUCUUUAAAAAAAAACCACGGCAGAAAUAACACUCUUGUUAUUUAAUGGUCCAGGCAAACGUCGACGCCUUAUCUGUUAGUGCCGGUCCUGAGUUUCUAAAAAUUUCUAUGAUGCGAAGCGCUGCAUAUUUCAUAACGGGGUGGCGCAGAGCAUUUUCUUUGGGAACUGCUUCGGGCCCCCAAAUUUGUGACUUGAAUAUGAGGUUGCCACUUUGAAUUCAAGAGGGAAUUCAAGACCCUCCCCUCGCAGAUUUUCAAAGCAGCCCGUUUCUUGUUCAAAAGAAUUUGAAGGAUUUCCUACACUCCCCGUUUCAUCAGUUUAAAUAAUUUUUUUGUUAGGAAACAAAAUGUACUGUUGAUUUUUUUUUUCCUCCUUCAAUGCAAUUAAAAAUA